AUGGCUUCAAGUGGCGUUGCAGCACCAGAGUUCUACCAGAACGUCGUCGUAAUGCGUCACGGCGAUCGCAUGGACAACUUCGAACCGAUGUGGGUCGCCACCGCAACCCGACCCUGGGACCCGCCCCUGAUCCAACAGGGUCGGGCCCGAGCCUUCGCCACUGGCCGCAGUUUCCGAAAAAUCCUACCUUUCACUCUCAACCGUGUCUUCGUCUCUCCCUUUCUCCGAUGCGUCCAAACCGCCGCUGAAGUCGUCGUCGCCCUCUCCGCCGUCUGCGACGACGACCGUCCCAACAACCUCACUGGCGAUGGCGUCCUCAUCGAUCCAUCUAAAAUCAAGGUCUCUGUUGAACAUGGCUUGUGUGAAAUGAUGAGCAGGGCAGCGAUCAGACUUGAGGCAGUUCCUAAAGACGGAAACUGGGGAUUUGAUAUACCCGAGAUCGAGGCCAUGCUUCCGGCAGGAACAGUGGAUAAGAAUGUGGAAAGGGUCUAUAAAACGUUGCCCCAGUGGGAAGAAGAUCCAAACUUGCACACAAGGCCUAGAUAUAAACAAAUAGUUAAAGACCUUGCUGACAAAUAUCAUACUGAGAACUUGCUGCUUGUCACACAUGGGGAAGGAGUUGGAGUGGCAUAUUCUUCUUUCGUAAAGGGGGUUGAAGUGUAUGAAGUUGAUUACUGUGGAUACGUCCAACUCAGACGCCCAAUUUUCAAGAAAGAUCAAUCAUUCACUGCUGGAGAAUUUGAAGCUCUUGUUCACAAUGGUCAAACUGGUGUAAAAUACACCCAAAUCAAAACUGCACAAUAA